UAGCGAAAUUUUGCUGUCGUUCUUUGUUUUCUCCCAUCACCAUUCCCCUACAUCCUUCACUUUAUCCCACAUUACAAUGAGUUAUAAUGGUUACAGCGGUGGCUAUGGCGGCGGAUAUGGUGGAGGAGGAUAUGGUGGAGGAGGUUGGGGGGGUGGACAUGACGACAAAAUGUCAAAUCUUGGCGGCGGUCUCCGCACUGUCGACUGGAGCAGCACCAAACUCGAGCAUUUCGAGAAAAAUUUCUACGUUGAAGAUAAACGGGUAGCACAACGUAGCGAGCGGGACGUCGAGGAUUUCAGAAAAGCCAAGGAAAUCAGGGUGCAAGGUCGUGGAGUGCCAAGGCCUGUUACAUCGUUUGAAGAAGUUGGCUUCCCAGAUUACCUGAUGACAUCUAUUCGCGCACAAGGUUUCUCUUCUCCUACACCCAUUCAAUGUCAAGCCUGGCCGAUGGCCCUCAGUGGUCGUGACUUGGUUGCCAUCGCCCAGACCGGAAGUGGGAAGACGAUUUCUUUUGCUCUUCCGGCCAUGCUACACAUUAACGCCCAACCGCUCCUGUCUCCAGGAGAUGGUCCCAUUGCUCUCGUUUUGGCCCCCACUCGUGAGUUGGCUGUACAGAUUCAGCAAGAAUGCACCAAAUUCGGAUCCAACUCCCGGAUUCGAAAUACCGCCAUCUAUGGUGGUGCCCCCAAAGGACCUCAAAUUCGUGAUCUGCAGCGUGGCGUGGAGAUUGUCAUUGCUACACCUGGGCGUCUUAUCGACAUGCUUGAAACCAACAAAACCAACUUGCGUCGAGUUACUUACUUGGUGAUGGAUGAAGCAGAUCGCAUGCUCGACAUGGGUUUCGAACCCCAAAUCCGUAAGAUUGUGGGACAAAUUCGUCCCGACCGGCAGACACUUAUGUUCAGCGCUACGUGGCCUAAGGACGUUCAGAAACUGGCCAAUGAUUUCCUUCGAGACAUGAUCCAAGUCAACAUCGGAUCCAUGGAGCUAACCGCAAAUCAUAACAUUCAGCAAAUCGUUGAAGUCUGCAGUGACUUUGAGAAACGAAGCAAGCUGGAACGUCAUCUCGACAAGAUUAGCUCGGAAAACGCAAAGGUUCUCAUCUUUGUCGGCACCAAGCGUGUCGCAGAUGAUAUUACGAAAUAUCUCCGGGAGGAAGGAUGGCCGGCGCUGGCCAUUCAUGGAGAUAAGGAACAACGCGAGCGUGAUUGGGUACUAGGAGAGUUCAAAGCCGGUCGUUCACCGAUUCUUAUAGCCACGGAUGUCGCAUCCCGUGGGCUUGGUACGUAUUUCAUUUUUACAAGCGCUAUCGGGAGACCCUGGGGAGGUAGUCGCAAACGGUUUCAACGUUCUUCGUGCUGCCUGCCCUUCAACGGUAACUAUUGCCGUGACCAACGCAAUAACUCGAUACCGUCUACAGUUUUGACUUUUAGAUCGUGGGGCGCGUUUCCCGACAUUGGACAGGCGUUCUAGAUUCGACACGUGUAGCCGUCGAGAGGAAUCCCUCUGACCUUUCCAGCCUGGUCCUUCGAUGUGCUUCGACGCGCAUGUGUAGGCUCAGCCCAACGAACAUUUGCUGUAGUUCUUGGUAUGGUAACGGUUACGGAUCGUUUGGAGUUCCAGUCAUUAUUGGACUCGUCACGACUAAUCUCCUCUCGGUUUUCGCGCGUAGAAGAUCUUUGCCUGUCUAUGUUCUGGACUCGUUGUACCUCAGUCCUUCUAUCAAGGGCUGGGGUGGUCCCUAGGACUUUCUGUGCAUUCUGGUAGUGGUUCCGAGGUGUUUCCCUGUUUUCCUUUUGUUUUGAGUUUUAUUGCUC